AUGUGUGCCACGUUCCCGCGCUCCAACAUUACGAAGAUUGAAUCGCCUUUGAAGAAUUUGACGGAAGUCAUAUGGGUUCUCGCUUAUUUGUCGAUUUUCAUUUGUAAUCUAUUCAUUGAUUGUUACUUCGGUAAUACUAUCACUAUUAAGAGUAUGCACAUCUCAACGGUAAUAUUUUCAUGUCCUUGGAUUGAUUUGCCGAAUACUGUAAAGAAGAAUCUGGUUAUCUUCAUAGCGAAGACCCAGAGACCGCUUGUCAUAACUGCGGCGAAGCUCGUCCCUGUCUCCCUGGAGACCUUUACCAAGAUCACCGACAAAGAACAAUCUUAA